ACCUUGAUUAUUAUUUUAUAUUAUUAGCUAUGUUACCACCAUAGAUAAUAUUUAUGGUCGCCGCCCGGCAUAUUUAUUCCUCCAUGAAGAUAAUUUUUAUCAAUCAUUUUUAAUAAUCAUAUUAUUAUACAGAAUACAGAUACAUAUAUACAAUAUAUAAUUAUAGCUGUCUUAUUAAUUAUUAUUAUCAGUUAAUUAAUAAUAAUACAAUCUCUGUAAACGCUUUAAUAGCGUUGGUAUGUGUUGAUAUGUAAAUAUUCACAGUAAACAUAUACAAUUUCUCUCAGUCAACUACUCGAGUCAGCACUGCUGUAAAGAUAUUUUGGUUCUGAAGUGAAAUGUAUGCUUCUAGGUGCAUGUAAAAUUUUAAAACCCACUAGGAACCAAACAACGUUUUUAAAGGUAUUAUUAAUAUAAAACUAACAUAAUUUUAAAUAAUUAUUACCCUUGUUCAUUUAAAACGGCGUUUUUAUGAUUAUUUUAUAAUUUGGGUAAUUCAAUAUACGGUUUAUAUUUCAAAAUUUAAUAAUCAGUUAGUUGAAUUCUUUGUAUGAAAAUUAUUUAACUUGUCAAAUAGAUCAAUUUUAGUAAUUUUAAGAAUGUACAUCUGAAACUAUAUUAACUAUCUAGGUUUCUAAAAUUCACUUAAGAAUACAUGAAAUCAAAACAGAAUCUUACAGUUUUAAAUACCUUUAUACCAGAAUUUUUUUUAUAAUUUUGAUUUUGAUUUUCAACCCAAUUAUAAUUUAACAAUACAUUUAUAUAUUUUUAUAUCAUUUAAUACAAUUUUUUUUUAUUCUUUAGUAGUUGAAAAAGCAUUCAACUAUGAGUUCCAAAUUUGAUAUAGAGAAAUGCCCUUGGGAUCAGAAUACUUUUGUUGGGCGGUGGAAUUAUUACUUUUUGGUAACCAACCCAAUGUUAUGUUUAAAAACUGAUGAAGAACUUGAAGAAGCUAAAUCUUUGCGCUCAAAUUGCUUGUAAGUAUUGUUAUUUUACUAUUUAUAAUAAUAGGUGUAAGUAAUUGAACAAAAAUAUUUAACAUUAUUAUUUUUAAUUAUUAAUUUCUUAUAUUUUAAUAUAUUUUUCAAUAUAAUUAUUACUCAUAUCUAAUUGUAUUAAAAUUAUUUUGUAAUGUAAUUAACAAGUUGAUAUUAACAUCAUGGCAGUAUACAAAUUAAUAAUUAUAAUUUUACAUUACUUGGGACAAUUGUUGUAUUUUUACCAAUUAAUUCUUAUCAAUGUUAGACUUAAAUAUUUAGUUUUCCUCCUCUUAAUAUUAAAAUCAUUCUGAAAAAUGUAUUGCUUAAUAAUUGGGCUUGCAUCAGUUUUAAUUUCUUUAUAAAGUUUAUAAUUGGGUGUUUAUUAAAUAAUGUAUAAUUUUUAUACCUAAUAUAAUAUAGUUAGACAAAAUUAGAAACAAUAAUAUAUAUAUUAAAUUUCUUAAUUUAAUGACUAUUUGUACACCAUGCUUCAAUAUGCAUGGAAAUGUAUUUAAAUACUUUGCGUUUGUACGGAAAUAAUGGUUUAAGAAGACCCUUUUUUAUUGAGACAAAUAUUUUUGCAUAUAAAAAAAAAAUUUAUUUGAAAACUAAAAUAGUUUUUAAAGAAAUAUUAUUUUUUAUUUAGGAAUGGGACAUUACCACCUGGAACAACUUCUGAACAGUUGAUGAUUGCUAAACAGAUUUAUGAAAGUUCAUUUCAUCCAGAUACUGGACAAAAACAAAAUGUAUUCGGCCGAAUGUGUUUCCAAGUUCCCGGGGGUAUGGCUAUUACCGGAGCUAUGUUGUCUUUUUAUAAGUAUGUAUUUCAUUUUAAAUAUAAUAUGAUGCAUUCAUAAAAUAUUAAUGUCAUACUCUAUUACUUUUUAAGAACUAUACCAGCUGUAGUAUUUUGGCAAUGGAUUAAUCAGUCAUUCAAUGCUUUAGUGAAUUAUACAAAUCGUAAUGCUAAUUCACCACUCAGUCAAAAUCAAAUGGCUACAGCUUAUGGUUCUGCAACACUAGCAGCUUGUGUAGUAUCAAUUAAAUUAAAGCAAUUCUUGUCCACACAUACUUCACCAGUCUUUCAAGUAACUUCUAGAAUUAUAUACUGUUGAAUUAAUUUAACCAAUUUGAAUACAAUUUUAGAGAUAUGUUCCAUUUGCCGCGGUUGCAGCUGCAAACUGUGUGAACAUACCAUUGAUGCGUCAGAAUGAAUUACUAAAAGGCGUUGAUGUGUUUGAUGCUGAUAAGAAUAGAGUUGGUUGUUCAAAGGUAUAUAUUCUAGCUGAUAAAAAAAAUGUGUGUAUUUAUAGUUUAAAAAUAUUGAUUGAUUUCAGUUGGCUGCUGUUAAAGGAAUAUCUCAAGUUAUAUUAUCAAGAAUUGUUAUGUGUUCUCCAGGAAUGGGUAAUUUUGAAAAUAAUUGCUUUUACUUAUAAUUAUAUAAUUAUUAAUAUUUAAUUUUAUAUAGUAUUGCUGCCUGUUGUAAUGGAAAAACUUGAAAAUAAUAGUGUAUGGUUCAAACGAAAUACAUGGAUCCAUGCGCCAUUCCAAACACUCGCUGUUGGUUGUUUGUUAGUAUUUUAUGACUUAUAUUAAUGGUUAGCAUUGAUAUUAUUUUAUACUUAUAAAUUUUUAUUUUAUUUUCAGUCUUGUUGGCAUGGUACCAACUGCGUGUGCCCUAUUCCCUCAGUUCUGGUAUAUUAUUAAAAUUUAAUAUUGUAUUUUAUUUAUUAUAUUAUUUAACUAUUUUAUUGUUUUAUAUUUUAGUCCCAUAAAGUUAAGUACAUUGGAGAAAUAUGAGAAUGCUGCAUACUGUGAUAUUGUAAACAACUGCAAAAAUCCUCCGGCUAUUGUGUAUUCCAAUAAAGGACUUUAAAAUACAAAUAUUAUUUUUUGAUAGUAUUCUCAAAUUUAUGUAACUUGGUUAACUCAUUUUUUUUUUUUUUUUUAAUUUGAUUAACGGGUAUUUUUUGCAUUAUUAUUGUAUUCAUUAUUUUUUUUUUUUUUUUACGCAUUAUUUUAGAUGUUGUCUAUAAUUUAUUUUUAACUUUAAUAUUAUGCUUGAUGGGCAUACUCAGCAAUGGAUCCAAUCAUUUUAUGUUUUUUUGUGUAUCAAAUGCUUCCAUUAUAUAUAAUUAAAUGUUAUGUUAUUAUAGCCAAGAAGAAAACAUAAUUAUCACAUUGUACAUCUACUUAAGUAUUAGAGAUCUGGUUAUUUUCUUGCUAUUGUUCCUAUAUGAAUUUGAGUAAUUGUAAGAUUUGUAUCGGUAAAAUAUGUUUGAAUUUGAUCUAAUAGUGCUUAUUAGUACUUAUUGUAUGGUAUUGAAUUUAGUAGUUAUAAUGUGUCAAGUUUAGAAAUUUGCUUCUAUCAAAUAAAAUAUACUAUCGUGAU